GCGACGGCGGCGGUGGUGGUGGUAACAACGAGCAGCAGCGACAGCGGCGGCGGUAGCAACGGGAACGGCGGACGACGCGGCGCUUUACGGAGCAACGGCAGCAGGCGGCGCUAGUGCUGCGCCCCGACGGCCGUCGAUCGAAGCCCGCGUUAUCGCAAUGGCUUCCGUGAAAGACACAGCGACUUUCUUCGCGGAGGGUACCGCGGCGCAGUUUGAACACGUUCUCAAACUUUACCCGCAAGCGUUACGUCUGAAAGCCGAUCGGAAGACGAAAAAACCCGAGGAGCUGAUCAAGCUGGACAAUUGGUACCAGAAUGAGCUUCCGAAGAAGAUCAAGUCACGCGGCAAGGACGCGCAUCUCAAUCACGAGGAGCUAGUGCAGACGAUGAAAUGGAAACAAAUACGCGGGAAGUUCUACCCACAGCUGUCGUAUCUGGUGAAAGUGAACACCCCGCGUGCCGUAAUGGCGGAGACGAAGAAAGCGUUCAAGAAGCUUCCGAAUCUCGAGCAGGCGAUCACGGCGCUCUCGAAUCUGAAGGGUGUCGGUACCACGAUGGCGUCGGCCUUGCUCGCCGCGGCGUCGCCGGAGAACGCGCCCUUUAUGGCGGACGAGUGCCUGAUGGCGAUACCGGAGAUUGAGGGUAUCGAUUACACUACUAAGGAAUACCUCAACUUCGUUCAGCACAUUCAGAACACCGUCGAGAGGCUGAACAAACAAACGUCAAACGGUAAAACAUGGAGCCCACACAGAGUCGAGCUGGCGUUAUGGACGCACUACGUAGCAUCAGAGCUCAAGUCAGAGUUGUUAGACGGCAUCCCGGGCUCGACGGAGAACGGCAACUCGCACGGCCCCAGUAACGGCGAGGCGACGGAGCCGUCGGACGACAGCAAUCAGGAAACGAUGAUGGCGAAUGGUAAGGAGACGCCGGCCGCGGUCGCGGGUAUGCUCGAUCCUGCAGCGAUCGAUGAGAACAGCACCACGACGUCCUUCACCGAGGACUCGAUGGACAAGCCGGCGACACCGAUCACCGCCAGCGACGCCGUGGUCGCCAGCGAGGACACCAACGACUCCCUAAUCACCAACGAUGACGACAGCAACAACACGCCGCGACCGACCGAUAGUGAAGAUACCGAGGAGGACUCGCAGGACGCGCAGGAGCCUCCCUCCAAGAAGAGCAAGAAGUGACCCGAUCGGCUCGCAACGAGCAACAGCGUCAGCACUUUUGUGCCCGCCCGAAGUCUGUCGAUCAUCGCGGCGCGUCGUCGAUUUUGAAUCAGGACUGACGUACGGACAGACAGACAAACGGACGGACGGACGGACGGACGGACAGACUGAUGGACGAACAAACGAACGAACGAACGAACGAACGCACGCUCGCACGUACGUACGCAUGCACGCACGCACGCACGCACGCAAGAACGAACAAACGAACGAACGAACGGACACACUUAGACGGAUGAACGAACGAAGGCACAGACGGAAGGAACAAACAAACAAACAAACGGACGGAUGGACGGAUAAACGGACGGACGGACGGACGGAUGAAUGGGUGAAGGAUGAACGCGGACGUAUGAAUCUGUGAGCGUACGGACGAAUGAAUAUUCCAAUGGAUGUUUGUGGACGAGAAGAGACGCGGAUGAAUAGCUGGCUGGCUGGCUGAUUGACUGGAUGAGGCGGGUGAGUGGAUGAACAGAUGAGCGAAUGAACGGACGACAGACGAACGGACGGAACGGAUGCGUGAGAAUGGAUAGAUGAGUGGAUGAACGACGAGUGAGUGGAUAGGUGAAUUCAUAGACAGACAGAUGAAAGGAUGGAUGGUUGGAUGAGUGGAUG